CCCUCCAGAGCGGUGGCUUGUUGGUAAGAAGAGAGCCAGGCCAACUCAGUCGCAGCCAGGCCAACCACUGCCGCUGGAACGCAGUGACCGACGGCUCUUCUUCGCGGUGCUCUUUGCCCACGGCUACGCCCGGGUCUUGUCGAAGUUGGCCUCGGCACCGCUGGAGAGAGUCAAGGUGUGUUUACAGGUAGGACUUCCAGCAGGUCAACCGGGACUCAUGGCCACCCUCCAAAGCCUGAUUCGAAACCAAGGAUACCGCGGGCUCUGGAGGGGUUCGGCCACCCACGCGGCAGCGUCGAUCUUUGGAGGCUUCGCGCGCUUGAGUGCACUGAGGACAACUCAGAUGUGGAUGAUGCCGGGUGGCAAUCGGCAUUACCAGGGCUUGGAGGGCUAUGUGCGUCGCUGCUCCUUCCUCUACAUGUCAGGUGCUGGCGCGGUGACCUUGGUCUAUCCCUUAGACGCAGCCUACACCUGCCUGGCGGCCGACUCGACGGACCGCUUCCGCGGACUGCGGCACUUUCUUUCGACGACGCGACGGGAGCACGGGCUGCUGAGCCUCUACCGCGGCCUGCCGCUCUGUCUGGUGACAGCCUUGCCGUACAUCUGCAUAGCGACAGGACUCCACGACCUGUUGGCGCCGUGGUUGAUGAAGCAAAUGGGCAAUCCCCCUUCAGUGGAUCAGAAAUCCCUGCAGCCGGGUGACCUCUUUUGGCUCGUGAGACAUGGAGCACCUGCGCAUUUGUAUCCCUGGCCCUUCCGGCAUUUUGCGAUGGAUGAACAGCUGGUGAAUUUGGUGGUGGGGGCCACUUCGGGCUUCGUGGCUCAAACAGCCUGCCGGCGGAAAGACAUGCCGGAGUCCCUGAGGGAUUGUCCGGGGACCCGUUUCGCGAAACGGGUGACCUCAACAGGUGGCCCCACGAGUUUUUACCGCGGCUUGACGCUGAAUUCGCUGAAACUCUUUCCAGAGCUCAUGGCCCGGGGUACCAAGGUUACCAGGCUUGACUGGAGAUACGUGAGCCCAGAGGUACUCAGCGGAGUGUACUUUGUCAUCAAUGCGUCUGGCAAUUUCAACAAACCAGGAUUUGAAGAGUGGCACCGAUGGUUGUUGAUGACCCCACGACGAUGG